GGGGCGCACGCGCCGCCCGGGCCGGAGCCAGGCGCUGCCGCUUCGCUGCGCCGUGCCCGCCGGCGGCGCCAGAACAAUAGGGGCCGGGGCCGCCCGCCGGCACAGGGCGCCGCGGCCGCUUCCAGGCCGGGCCGGGGCCGCCGCCUCCGUGCCCGCGGGAGCUUCAUGCGCUUCCCUUCUUUCCCCCCCCCCCACCCCUCCCCGCCCGCCGCCCCUCCGCGCACGCACCGGGGGCGCGGUUGUGCCCCGGAACAGGACUGCCACUGUUGAGUCUGUGGGAGUAUGAAUCAGCAGCAGCAGCAGAGAAUGGCUGCAGUUGGGACAGACAAAGAGCUCAGUGACCUGCUGGACUUCAGUAUGAUGUUUCCCCUGCCAGUGGCUAAUGGAAAAAACAGACCCACGACCCUAGCAAGCACUCAGUUUGGAGGAUCAGGUUUGGAUGAAAGACCGGGAUCAGGUUCCUGGGGAACGGGAGAUCAAAACAGCUCCACAUUUGACCAAGGAAGGCAGAGCUAUGGUGAAGGCCCCCACUACGGCGAGCACAGGGACCUGCCGUCGCACAACAGCAUAUCUUCAUCACCAUUCCUGGGACCUGGACUAGUGGGGAAGAGCAGCGAAAGAGCCUCAUACUCCACGUUUGGAAGAGACACAGGGAUGCCAGGACUAAACCAGACUGGUUUCCUGCCCAGCGAAAUGGGAAUCGCGAGUCCAAGCACGCUUUCCCCCACCGGGGUGAAAGGGGGGUCUCAGUAUUUUUCUUACCCCAACAAUCCUCGCAGGAGAGGUGCUGAGAGCAACAUAGAUGGACAGCCCAAAAAGGUUCGGAAGGUGCCUCCUGGACUCCCCUCCUCGGUGUAUCCAUCCAACUCAGGUGAUGACUACAGCAGGGAUCCAGCUGGAUAUACCCCCUCGAAACCUCCCAGCACUGUGUAUCCCGGAGCCUUUUAUAUGGCAGACGGGCUCCAUAACUCACCAGACCUGUGGAGUUCACCCGGUGCCAUGAGCCAGUCAAGUUACGGGGCCAUGCUGGGCAGCUCCUCCUCCCCGCUCCCGCAGCCCGCCGGCUUCAACAGUUUACAUCAGCACGAACGCAUGGUAACGUCCCCGUCGUCCCCUGGGAGCCACGGCACAGCCCUGCGGGCAGAGCUCCGGUGGCUGCAGCCUUUCGGGGGCCACCCUCACCCCUUUCCCCCCUCUUGCCAGAACUACCAGCUGCAUUCAGGAGAGGUCAACGGCGGGCUCCCCUCUGUGUCGGGCUUUUCCUCGGCCUCUACCCCGUAUGGCGUCUCCAGCCACACGCCCCCGAUCAGCGGGACGGACACCAUGAUGGGUAACAGAGGAACCACGGCCGGGAGCUCAGGAGACGCGCUUGGGAAGGCACUAGCUUCAAUUUAUUCCCCAGAUCACUCUAGCAAUAACUUCUCAUCAAACCCCUCUACACCGGUCGGCUCCCCUCAGGGCCUUGCAGGCACAUCCCAGUGGUCACGAGCGAGCGGACAGGGUGCCUUAUCUCCCAGCUACGAAGGGAGCCUCCACACCUUACAAAACAAAAUGGAAGACAGGUUGGACGAAGCCAUCCACGUGCUGAGGAAUCACGCCGUGGGCCAGACAGCUGCCAUGCCGAGCAGCCACGGGGACAUGCACGGGCUCCUGGGCUCAGCACCAGCCCACAGCGCCGCUGUGGGCAGCCUGGGCCAGGCCUUCCCUGCCUCGGUCAUGUCCCUGGGGAGCAGGCACCCGAGUCUGGUGGGAGGAGGUCACCCAGAAGACGGGCUGUCCAGCACCCCCAGCAUGCUCCACAACCAUGUCACACUUCCGUCACAGCCCAGCUCGCUCCCUGACCUCAGCAGGCCGCAGGACACGUACAGCGGCUUGUCAGGGGGGCUGGGGCGAAGCAGCGUCUCCUCAGGAACCAGCGAAAUAAAGCGGGAGGAGAAGGAGGACGAGGAGAACACAUCAGUGGCGGAUAACUCAGAAGAGGAGAAGAAGGAGCUGAAACCCUCCCGGAACAGAACAAGUCAAGAUGAGGAUGAGGAGGACGAUCUUCUUCCCCCAGAGCAAAAAGCCGAGAGAGAGAGAGAAAGGAGGGUCGCCAAUAAUGCCCGUGAGCGCCUGCGGGUCCGUGACAUCAACGAGGCCUUUAAAGAGCUCGGACGCAUGUGCCAACUCCACCUAAACAGCGAAAAACCGCAGACCAAACUGCUAAUCCUACACCAGGCCGUAUCAGUCAUACUGAACCUGGAGCAACAAGUUAGAGAGCGCAAUCUGAACCCUAAGGCAGCCUGCUUGAAGCGUCGGGAAGAGGAGAAAGUGUCCGGAGUGGUAGGAGAUCCCCAGAUGACACUUUCAGCUUCACAUCCUGGUCUAGGAGAUGGUCACAACCCUGUCGGACACAUGUAAAGAUCUUUUUGUUCCUCUGGAUACAGAGAUCUGUAGGAAGAAAACCCUCGGUGUGACCUGCAACCUUCUCGAACCAUAAACUUUAGUACUGCUAAUACUGACACACGUGGACGGAUCCUGGCAUGACGUAAGGGGUGGAAAAACACUUUUGUCAAAAACAAAACAAAAACAAAAAAAUUGCCUUAAGUAUAAAGUGCGGAACAGUCAAUACAUAUCACUCAGUUAGGAGGGGGUGGCGUGUUCUCUUGGCUUGUUCACAAGCAGCCAGCAGCAAAAUUGUGCCUAAGCUUAAUAUUUCUUUUUUAAAAAAAAAGAACAUUAGUUAUGAGAUUUUUUAUGUAGAACAAAUAGCAAUGCCUUUUGUUUUUUUUAGCUUCUUUUGCAUAUGUUUUGUAAGCGACGAAAAGAAUUUUUUUUUGUAUAAAAAAAUGUCUUGUACCCCAUGCUUUUCUGCUGCUGUUUCUAUAGUUAACGUUGCAUCUUUAGGAUCAACCAGAAUAUUAAAAUUGUAUUAAGAGAGACUGGAUAUAAAGAGGAAUUCUCAGAUUCGGCUCUGAAAGCCACUAAAAACGAAUGUAGCCACAGCAAGGAGAUGUUCUUCCUUGCCUGGCUUGUACCUUCCAUUAUAAAAAAAAAAAAAAAAAAGAAAAAAAAAACAAACAAACUCGUGCUGAAUUCACCAUCUCUUUGCUUUGGCCACUUCUGAUUUGGGAAAAGGAAGUUAAACAGCAAAGCAAGUUGCAGCAGCAUCCUCUGCAGUGCUCCAGCUCCUCCCGGGAGGAGACCGAGGUCCAUCAAAGCUCCCUGCAGGGUUCGCGUUCCUCCUGGAGGCUGCUGGCGGCUGCAUCCCGCCUCCGGAGUGCCGUGGCAGGGAGGACGAGCUGCCGGGAGAGAGCAGGCACUGGGGGGUGGAAGAGAACCAAGGGACUGGUGCGCUUCCAAGGUAAGCCAAGAAGCAACGCGGGUGCGAGAGGAAGACCCGGGGCGGAGGAGAACGCCCUGCGCCCGCGCAUCCGAGCGAACUCCUGCUGUCAGAGGCGCUUCCAGGGGCUGUGCUGAACAAAGACGACCGAACAAAGCUGGAGGGACUGGGAAGAGGCAGAGGGAGGUGGAGCAAAGGCAGCAGUGGGGACCUUGCUCCGUCAGCGUCGGAGCGGAUGGACGCACGGACACAGGAGCUGGAGGUGGUGGGAAGGGGAGCAGCCACUCCAGCCCUCGGCAAGCCGUGGCUGCGGCAGGAUCCCCGCCUCUGCAGCGUCUCCGCGCUCUGGAGCUGUGACCACUGGAAGUGCAAAUGCUGCAGGCUCAGGAAGAGGGGUGGUUUUGCAUCCCGCCUUCACCAGCUGUCGUGUCUCCAAAGCAUCCACAGAGGUGAGCUCAGCUCAGCACGCCACCCUUCUUGCCACCGGGGACGCAUGGUGGCCGCUGUCGAGUGCUCCCAGCCUCCUCUCUCUGUCUGGGAAGGACGGGGAGCAGCAAGCACCCGUCCCACGCGACAUGCUCCGGUAGCCGAGCUGUGCCAACGACCCCUUCACUCCGAAGCUCACCGGGGCUGCUGCAGAUGCCUCCAGUGUACCCAGCAGGAGGAAGCCCCAGCACACGGCAGGGGCCCUGCCGGCACAGGAGCCAGCACAGGGAGCUCAGCAGGGCCAUAAUGGUGCUGAGCUGCAGCAGCUCAUCAGCAGCUGGCAACGGAAGAGCGUCCACCGGGAUUUUUUUUUGUUUCUUCCCUCUCCUUCCCCUUCUCCAGAAUCACUUCCAAAGUGUUUUGUGCCCGGAUCUUCCCAGCAGAUGGGGUCAGCACCCCAGGGCGAGGCGAAGCCCCAGCUCGGCAGCACCUCCGAUGCCCAGGGCCAGCUGCUGCCUGGCUCUGCCUGGCGGGGCCGGGCUGAGCAGGACAGCUUGCGGGUGCGGGGCUGGCCGGGGGGCACGUGGGGACAGCGAGUACAGCUGGAGCUCCAGCAGCAGGGUCCAUCUCUCUCCUCUUUGCUUCUCUGGCCUGUGUUUCUCGGGGAGCUGCAUUGCUUCAGCAUAGAGAAGGGGAAGGGCUGGUGAACAGGAUUAGGUCCCGCGGCACUUCCUUGGCGUAACCUGGUGCUCUUUUUUUUGUAGCCAUGCUUUGUGCUCUAGCAAAACGUGUUGGAAACACUCAGGACAUCGCUCGUCUCCCUGUAGGCAUCCCAGACAGGAGCCGGGUGCGGUUGCUGGAGCAGGAUGGGCCCCUCUCUCCCUGCUGGUCCAGCCGGAGCUCUUUUGGGUGCUCUUUUGGGGUAGGAAGUGGGGAGUCAGCUGCACUCGUGUGGGGCUUUCCGUGGGCUCAGCGCAGCUGCCCCAGUACCGGGGGGAUGCAGCAAUGUCCUAGCCUGGCAAGCUUGAAACCAUACAAAAAGACUUUCAAGUGCUUCCCCAACACUUUGAUUUAGCAACAAGAACUUGAGAAGGUGGUCGUGUACAGGUGGAUUGAAAGAAAAGGCCCUGUAAAAAAAAAUAAUGCAGAAACUGUCAGCAAAGAACAUGUGAAAAUUUAUGACUGGGUCAAAAUUUCACUGAAAGCUUAAUCCCCUCCGAGUGCUGCCUGACACUCCGCAGGCCAAGGGGGCUCUGGCUGACACAGCGCCUUUCCCAGCACCCCCAAACCGGCGGGCAUUCCCACGGAGAGGGGGCUUUCCAUCUGCGUUUAGGUGGUUUAGAUCUUUUGUUUGUAGCAAAACCGGCUAGCUUCCUUGGCAGGGCUUGGACAAAGGUGUGGCAUGAGUCCUCGAGCAUAAAGCCCACUGUGCCAGGGCCUGGGGAGGGUUUGGUUCCUCCGUUCUCCAGCAGGGAAGCACGAUGUGGGGGCCUGGCGCUGCUGCGCCCAGGAGCUGCCUCUUUUAUAGGAGUGUAGCGAGGAAAAAUGACUUUGGCUUGCCUGCUGUGCUUGGCUUGGGGUGAACGUGGUGCCUGUAACCUGCAGUGAAAGUGGCUUUUCUAAAAACAAUCAUCAGCCAGGUGCUGUCCCCGAAGCACCAGCCUGUUGCAAUGAAACUUCAGGUGGAGUGGCCAGAGAGCUCUGCUGGUGAACUCAGACAUCUCUUUUCUGCCCCCUUUCUCUUCCCUGCCUGUCUGAGUGUCCCUCGCCCAGGGUGGUCCUGCCCAGGGAGGUGCCGUGGGCGGGUGAUGUGCUGCAAGGUGGACUCGGUGCUGUGCUUCCUCCCUCAGCCCCACUUGCAGAGCUGAGCAUGCCGCCAGGUGCUGGGGAGUGGCUGGAAUCUGGUUUGUUAACAGCAAAACUCGCAGAUUUUUGUUCUUUCUCCCUCUCUUCGCCUUCACCUGCUUUUGCCCCAGAGCAAAACAGCUGCAGCCUCCCCGAGACUGCACCUCGAUGGUCUCGCACUGACGGCACCGGCGGGAGGUGGUGGCAGCCCCCGCCUGCGCCUGCUGCCAGCGCUCCCUGGGGAGCCGAAUUCCAGCUCCCCCCUCCUUUGGCAGCCGCUCCCCUGCCUGUGACCCACCACCAGACCCAUUCGCAGCCGAGCCAACUUGCCUGGCUGCCGUUCAGCUCCUGCUCAACAUCUCCUCGGGCUCUCUGCCCCCUGCUUUUACAUCUCGCUCUGGUUUCCUAAGGUGCUGUGCCGGCGGGAGGGGACAGGACCUGCGACGUCUGGGUCGCAGCCCGUGCCACCUCCUGCACCCAGCUCCAGCCUGGGAGCGAGGGAUGCGGCUGCGCACGGUGCGGGGACGUGCUCUGCCUGCCCACUGCUCGGGGCCCUGCUCUGUGCUCGGCAGUUGGGGUUUUUGCCCUCUCCGGCUGAGAAAUGCAGAAGCGUGAUGUGAGAGCUCCCCAGCCGUGACGUCGGCGGGCAGUCGGUGCGUUGGCGAUGCGCCGGUUUCCUAGAGGUUUUGCACUUGCCGCCCGGUGGUGAUCGGACAGGAAGGGCAGAGGCAGGCUGGGAUUUCCCCAGGAGUCUGCAAUUUCAGGUUCAGUGCAGAAGCUUCUCUCAAAGGUCCUUUGUGUCUCACGCACGCUGAAGCCAGCAGAGCCUUUGGGGCCUGGGCCCUGGCUGGGUGAUUCACUGCUCCCUCCCCUCAGCCCGCAGAGGAGAGGGGGCCCUCGAGAAACAGGAGGCUUCCGACCCCCCAUUCCCCUUCCUCUCCAUCCCUGAGCUUUGCUUUCAUGGGAUGGCCGCCAACUUAUGUCCCAGCAGAGCCCGUGGUCCUGCAGGCCCUGCUGUGUGCCGUGCUGGUGAAUCGGGGCCAGCUCCAGGUGCAGCCAGCCCCCAGGCUGGGGCUUUAGCAAAGAGCUGGGGACGGGGAGGUGACGCAGAGCUGGCGCUGGAGCUGGGCUGGGACAGGCAGUGAGCCCCAGACAUGGGGCUGGCUGACCUGGAGCAAGCCGUGGCUGCUGGAUUCCCCCCUUCCUGCUUAACACCAGCAAUAACAAGACCUGUUCUCUGCACCACAAGCUUGCACGAGGUCUUUGCCCUGUGAAAUCCUAUGCAACCCCCUCUCCUCUCCCCCGGGGCUCUGCAGGUCCCAGCCCAGCCCCUUCUCUCCGCUCUUGUCCAUGACUGCUGAGCCCCUGCUCCCUGCUGCUCUCAGGGUCCAGCUUCAUUUCUAGCAGCUCCAAAACCAUUUUCAGGCCGGCGCCCCGGAACCAGGGGGGUGGACGAGUGAUGAGAGCACAGGAACACCCCCUCCAACUCGUGCUGCGGGAGCUGAGCACUGAAUUGGAGGGGCAGGGCCUGUCCUGGGGCUCUUCCGUGCACGCUUCACCCUCCCGUGCCUUCUGCUCAAUGCUCAGCAGCUCGCUGCCAGCAUCCUUCAUCUCGCCCCCUCUUCCCCAGCACCUCCGCCUGGAGCAGCUGCGUCCCACCUCCUUGCUGGGCUGGGCUUCCUUCAUCCACCUCCAGCCCCGAGGUGGCUCAAGCCCUUCCGCUGGGCCAGGAGGAUUUGGGAGAUGGGUGCUGCAGCGGGUCUGGGGUCCGCAGCCCCUGCGGCGGGUGUGGGGACCUGCUGCUCCCUGCGGAGGUUUCAUCUUCAGGGCCUUCACCCACGGGGCUCCCGCGGGAGCCGAGCGCGGAGGUGGCAUCCUUUCUGCUAAAAAUUGUGUUCCCGUCUUGCGUGCCCCCCUCGGGGGGCGAGAGGCAGCCCCGCCGUGGGGCUCCACACCAGUAUUGCUGUUCCUCUGCUGUUGUACGCCUCCUGCUCCUCGGGCCUUGCGAUCCCCGCUGUGGGCACAGCGCGGCUGCAGGCAGUGGCACUGGGGGGGAGCAGAGGGGUUGUGCUGUAAAACGGGGGGACCCGGGUGCCGAGGCCGCCUGCUGACGAGCAGCAAGCUGGGGACGCCACGGUUCCCCCUUCCCGCGUCUCCCAAAUCACUUGAAACCCACCAGCGCUUGAGCAAACCUUGUAACGCGGGGGCUCGGGGAGGGACGGGGCCGCGGGAGGCCGAGCGCUCCCCUGCCAGAGGUGUUGGAGCUGUGAGAGGGGAAGGAGGCACCCGGGGAGGCCGAGCGGGGACGGCCUCGCGGUCUGCAGGAAAGGAGCCAUUUUCUAAGGAGCUCCCUGAGAAAACGAAGCAUUACUUGGUUGCUCUUCAUAUAUAUUUUUGUAGGAGGGGGGGGGGGGAGAGCAGACGGGAGAUGCCUGCGGACGUUGUUUAUUUUUAACCCCGUAGAAAGUUUUGGGUUGUUUUUGGUUUUUGGCCUUUAAAAAAAAAAAAAUUGGUCCUUGCUUUUGAUGUUUAUGCUGCCUACCUGUAAAUCCAGAUGUACUUAAGUGGCUGAAAUCCUUGUUCUUAAAUCAGAUACACAUUAUAGUUUUGAACUAUAUAUAUAGUAAAUAUAUAUAUAUAUAUGCCUAACCCAGCAAAAAUAAAAAAAUAGAAAAAUAAAGUAUUUGGGGGUGGGGAAAUGAGUUGUUCUUUGAAAUGAAUCACAAUUGGGGGAUUAAAUUGUGUUUCUGAGUGCCUCAAGAUAAGAAUUGUUUUCAUUUUUUUAAAUAAUUUUAUACAAGUGUCAAAACAGCUGGCUGGAUUAUUUGGAAUUUUUAAAUAAUCCUAACUUUUUUAAAGUAGAUUUUGAGAACUGUCCUGUAUAUAACAGUAAUGUAGCAAUAAAUGUGACAUUUUAUAACAA